AUGGCCUGGCAGUGCAACCAGGAUUUCGCUGGGCGGCUCGUGGACGCCGUCGAGAGCAACAAGGCGGUGUACCUCGGCCUCAGCGCCAGCAGCAUGGUGGCCGCGAAGUCCAUGGAGAUGACUGGGGAGAUCGAGCUGGGCUGGAUCGAGGCUUUCGCUGCCCAUCCGAAGCACCUGAGCCGCAAGCACUUCGACAAGAACGACCUCGACGGCGACGGGACCGUGCUCAACGUGCUCGGUGCCCUGCCGCUCUUCAAGUCGCCCCUGGCCAUGCGGCCGCACUACUCGAAGGCGUGGAUGGCGGAGGUCCUGAAGAAAACCUUGAGGCGGAGUGCGAGCAGGAGGCUGGCACAGAGAUCGACGACGGGGUCGUGGCGAAGUCCAUCGACGGCGUCGAGGCGGCGCUGA